CGGGGCUGCGGCUGCCACGUUGGAGCGGAGCUCGGAGGUGGCCCUGGGCCGCGGAGGAGGGGCGGCGGCGGCGGAUCCGAGGAGAGGCCGACGCUCGCCGGCGAACGCAGGACUGGUCGCUGAGGUCCGCCGGGUGUGUCCGCCGUUCGUUUCCUGCCCCUCGCCAGGUUCGGCGUCCGCUGCCGAGGCCCGAGGCCCGAGGCCCGUUCUCCGCUGACGGUGCGCCCCGGUCUCGUCUCGGCCCCGCCGGGACAACGCCUGGAGUCGCGGCAGCCCGGUGAUCGCGCCCGUCAUCCUCUGCCAACGUUUCCAGGCUGCCCUGCUCGGGAGUGAGUUUGAGAAUGAAGUUAAAGGAGAUAGAUCGUACAGCUAUGCAGGCAUGGAGCCCUGCCCAGAACCACCCCAUUUACCUAGCCACAGGAACAUCUGCUCAGCAGUUGGAUGCGACGUUUAGUACCAAUGCUUCCCUUGAGAUAUUCGAGCUGGACCUUUCGGACCCAUCCUUGGAUAUGAAGUCUUGUGCCACAUUCUCCUCUUCUCACAGGUACCACAAGUUGAUUUGGGGACCUCAUAAGAUGGAUUCCAAAGGAGAUGUUUCUGGAGUUCUGAUUGCAGGUGGAGAAAAUGGAAACAUUAUUCUUUAUGAUCCUUCUAAAAUUAUAGCUGGAGACAAGGAAGUUGUGAUUGCCCAAAACGACAAGCAUACUGGGCCAGUGAGAGCCUUGGAUGUAAACAUCUUCCAGACCAAUUUGGUGGCCUCUGGUGCUAAUGAAUCUGAAAUCUAUAUUUGGGAUCUAAACAAUUUUGCAACUCCAAUGACGCCAGGAGCUAAAACACAGCCACCAGAAGAUAUCAGCUGCAUAGCAUGGAACAGACAAGUUCAGCAUAUCUUAGCAUCAGCCAGUCCCAGUGGCCGGGCAACUGUCUGGGAUCUCAGGAAAAACGAGCCUAUCAUCAAAGUCAGCGACCACAGUAACAGGAUGCAUUGCUCUGGACUGGCAUGGCACCCUGAUGUGGCUACUCAGAUGGUCCUCGCCUCUGAGGAUGAUCGAUUACCAGUGAUCCAGAUGUGGGACCUUCGAUUUGCCUCCUCUCCUCUCCGGGUUCUGGAAAAUCAUGCCAGGGGGAUUUUGGCAGUUGCUUGGAGCAUGGCAGAUCCUGAGUUGUUGUUAAGCUGUGGAAAGGAUGCUAAGAUUCUCUGCUCUAACCCUAACACAGGAGAGGUAUUAUAUGAACUUCCCACCAACACACAGUGGUGCUUUGAUAUCCAGUGGUGUCCUCGAAAUCCUGCUGUCCUGUCCGCUGCUUCCUUUGAUGGACGGAUCAGUGUCUAUUCCAUCAUGGGAGGGAGCGUAGACGGCUUACGGCAGAAACAAGUUGACAAGCUUUCAUCAUCUUUUGGGAAUCUUGAUCCCUUCGGCACAGGACAACCUCUCCCUCCAUUACAAAUCCCACAGCAGACUGCUCAGCACAGCAUAGUGCUGCCCCUGAAGAAGCCUCCCAAGUGGGUCCGGAGACCUGUAGGCGCUUCCUUCUCAUUUGGAGGGAAGUUGGUGACUUUUGAGAACGUUGCAGUGCCGCUGCAGCAGGGAGCUGAGCAGCAGAGGCGGCAGCCCGUGUUCAUCAGUCAGGUGGUGACAGAGAAGGACUUUCUUAGCCGGUCGGCGCAGCUGCAGCAUGCUGUGCAGUCUCAGGGCUUCAUCGGUUACUGCCAGAAAAAGAUCGAGGCUUCCCAGACCGAGUUUGAGAAAAAUGUGUGGUCCUUCUUGAAGGUAAACUUUGAGGAGGAUUCUCGUGGAAAAUGCCUUGAGCUUCUGGGAUACAGAAAAGAAGAUCUGGGGAAGAAGAUUGCUUUGGCCUUGAACAAAGUGGACGGAUCCGACGUGGCUCUUAAGGACUCUGACCAAGUAGCGCAGAGUGAUGGGGAGGAAAGUCCUGCUGCUGAAGAGCAGCUCUUGGGAGAGCGAAUUAAAGAGGAAAAACAGGAUUGUGACUUUCUGCCCUCAGCAGGAGGGACGUUUAACAUCUCUGUCAGUGGGGAUAUUGAUGGUCUAAUUACCCGGGCCUUGCUGACAGGCAAUUUUGAGAGUGCAGUUGACCUUUGUUUACAUGAUAACCGAAUGGCUGAUGCUAUUAUAUUAGCCAUAGCAGGUGGACAGGAACUCUUGGCUCAAACACAAAAGAAAUACUUCGCAAAAUCCCAAAGCAAAAUUACCAGGCUUAUCACUGCAGUGGUGAUGAAAAACUGGAAGGAGAUUGUUGAAUCCUGUGAUCUUAAAAAUUGGAGAGAGGCCUUAGCUGCAGUCCUCACUUAUGCUAAACCAGACGAGUUUUCGGCCCUGUGCGAUCUCCUGGGAACCAGGCUGGAAAGAGAGGGAGACAGCCUCCUGCGGACUCAGGCCUGCCUCUGUUACAUCUGUGCAGGGAAUGUAGAGAGAUUAGUUGCUUGCUGGACAAAAGCUCAGGAUGGCAGCAGCCCCUUGUCUCUCCAGGAUCUGAUUGAGAAAGUUGUCAUCCUCCGCAAAGCUGUACAGCUCACACAAGCCUUGGACACAAAUACUGUCGGGGCUCUUCUGGCCGAGAAGAUGAGUCAGUAUGCCAGCUUGUUGGCAGCCCAGGGCAGCAUUGCUGCAGCAUUGGCUUUUCUGCCUGACAACACCAACCAGCCGAAUAUCGUGCAGCUGCGUGACAGACUCUGUAGAGCUCAAGGCAAGCCUGUGUCGGGACAGGAAGCUUCUCAGAGCCCAUAUGAGAGGCAGCCGCUGUCCAAGGGCAGGCCUGGACCAGUUGCUGGCCACUCGCAGAUGCCCAGAGUUCAAACUCAGCAAUAUUAUCCCCAUGUUAGAAUUGCCCCUACUGUCACUACCUGGAGUAACAAAACUCCCACUGCCCUCCCCAGCCAUCCACCUGCAGCCUCUCCCUCUGACACACAGGGAGAAAACCCCCCACCUCCAGGUUUCAUAAUGCAAGGCAAUGUCAUUCCAAGCCCCGCUGCCCCGCUGCCCACGGCUCCAGGCCACAUGCCCAGCCAGCUGCCACCUUACCCACAGCCGCAGCCUUACCAGCCUGCCCAGCAGUAUUCCUUCGGAACAGGGGGGGCAGCGGUUUAUCGACCUCAACAGCCUGUUGCUCCUCCUGCUUCUAACGCUUACCCUAACACCCCGUACAUAUCUCCUGUGGCUUCCUAUUCUGGGCAGCCUCAGAUGUACACAGCCCAGCAAGCGUCCUCACCUACCUCCACCUCUGCUGCUGCUGCUUUCCCCCCUCCCUCCUCUGGAGCAUCCUUCCAGCAUGGCGGGCCAGGAGCUCCACCGUCAUCUUCAGCUUAUGCACUGCCUCCUGGAACAACAGGUACACCGCCUGCUGCCAGUGAGCUGCCUGCGUCCCAAAGAACAGAAAAUCAAUCUUUCCAAGACCAGGCAUCUAUAUUGGAAGGUCCUCAGAAUGGUUGGAAUGAUCCUCCAGCUCUGAACAGAGUGCCGAAGAAGAAGAAGAUGCCUGAAAACUUCAUGCCUCCUGUUCCCAUUACGUCACCCAUCAUGAACCCUUCGGGUGACCCCCUGUCACAGGGGCUGCAGCAGCAGCCUUCAACUCCAGGGCCGCUGUCAAGCCACACCUCCUUCCCGCAGCCGCACCUAGCAGGCGGCCAGCCCUUCCAUGGCGUACAGCAGCCUCUCGCUCAAACAGGCAUGCCUCCGUCCUUCUCAAAGCCCAACACUGAAGGGGCCCCCGGAGCUCCCAUUGGAAACACCAUCCAGCACGUGCAGGCUCUGCCAACAGAAAAGAUUACCAAGAAACCUAUUCCAGACGAGCACCUCAUCCUAAAGACUACGUUUGAGGAUCUUAUCCAGCGCUGCCUCUCCUCAGCUACAGACCCUCAAACCAAGAGGAAGCUAGAUGAUGCCAGCAAGCGCCUGGAGCUGCUCUACGACAAGCUUAGGGAACAGACACUCUCCCCAACCAUCAUCAACGGUCUCCACAGCAUCGCCAGGAGCAUUGAGACGAGGAACUACUCGGAAGGGUUGAGCGUCCACACUCACAUCGUCAGCACCAGCAACUUCAGUGAGACCUCGGCCUUCAUGCCCGUCCUCAAGGUUGUCCUCAGUCAGGCCAGCAAGCUGGGUGUCUGACGACAGCCGCACAGUCUGCUGACAUUGCCACUUCUCCAAAGAAAGCCAUGCUAAGACUGGGACCAACCCCUCGUUAGCAUGUCUCCCUGCCACCCACCCGCCACCCGGGAGCUUUGACACUCCCUAGAACUGCUUGAAUCCCCGUGCUUUCCUUUGUCUUCAUCUUCUUUUGCCCAUUAUGAUUUUCCUAUUCUGCAAAUACUGUCUUUCCUCGAUUACACAUAGUGUGGUUUCCUGAGGGAUUCUGACUAAAUGUGGUUUUAAAAACUUGGGUGUACUUUUGAGGAAAAUUGCAUCUGGCUAUGUAUAAAACAGACCUAAAAUAAUUUCUUUAAUGUCUUCCCUACUUUCUCCACAUCAAUGAGAUUAAAGUGUGUAAUCCUAUUUUA